AUGCGAAGCACGAGGUUCGCGUCACGGCAGGAAGAUGAAGAUCGUUGGUUAGAGGACAGAACGACGCCAUCAGACAGCGACUAUCAGAUCAUCGUCCGCAAGCCACCGCCUUCAGGCCACUGUUAUCAGUUCACCGUCACCCGGUCACCGCCAUCUAGGCACCGCCAUCCGGGCAUCGCCAUCCGGGCACCGCCAUCCGGGCACCGCCAUCCGGGCACCGCCAUCCGGGCACCGCCAUCCGGGCACCGCCAUCCGGGCACCGCCAUCCGGGCACCGCCAUCCGGGCACCGCCAUCCGGGCACCGCCAUCCGGGCACCGCCAUCCGGGCACCGCCAUCCAGGCACCGCCAUCCGGGCACCGUCAUCCGGUCACCGCCAUACGGCCACCGCCAUAGGGGUGCUUCCCUAA